GCCACCUCUCGCGAUGUUUGUCGCGGAUGCGGGUAAAAUGGCGGCGGUUGGCGCUAGCGGCCCUCACCAGCAGCCACCGCAAGCACAGCCUCAGCCCCAGGCUCCGCAGCAGCCGCCUCAAUAUACGGACGCCUGGUAUUUGGCCUUGCUGGGCUUCGCUGAGAACUUCCGCACGGCCAGCCCACCCAAGAUCAAAUUGUGCGUGCAUUGCCUGCAGGCCAUCUUCCAGUUCAAGCCGUCGCAGCGCAUCGAGGCCCGCACCCACCUGCAGCUCGGCAGCGUCUUGUAUCACCACACUAAGAACACGGAACAGGCCCGCUCGCACCUCGAGAAGGCGUGGUUAAUAUCCCAGCAAAUUUCACAGUUUGAAGAUAUCAAAUUUGAAGCAGCCAGCCUUCUCUCAGAGUUAUAUUGCCACCAGAAUCUGGUUGAUUCAGCAAAACCACUUCUACGCAAAGCAAUUCAGAUUUCUCAGCAGACACCUUACUGGCAUUGUCGACUGCUCUUUCAGCUUGCACAAUUGCACACGUUAGAAAAAGAUUUGGUCUCAGCAUGUGACCUCUUAGGAGUUGGAGCUGAGUAUGCAAGAGUAGUGGGAUCAGAAUAUACCAGAGCGCUCUUCCUCUUAAGCAAAGGCAUGCUGCUGUUGAUGGAACGGAAACUGCAAGAGGUUCAUCCUCUGCUGACUCUAUGCGGCCAGAUUGUAGAGAACUGGCAGGGAAAUCCCAUACAGAAGGAGUCUUUGCGUGUCUUCUUUCUGGUACUACAAGUCACACACUAUCUGGAUGCAGGGCAGGUCAAAAGCGUGAAGCCUUGUUUGAAGCAGCUGCAGCAGUGUAUUCAAACCAUCUCCACAUUACAUGAUGAUGAAAUCUUACCCAGUAAUCCUGCAGACCUCUUUCACUGGCUACCCAAGGAACAUAUGUGUGUCUUGGUUUAUCUGGUGACAGUUAUGCACUCCAUGCAAGCUGGAUACUUGGAGAAAGCCCAGAAAUACACAGAUAAAGCACUCAUGCAGUUAGAAAAGUUAAAAAUGCUGGACUGCAGCCCCAUUCUGUCCUCAUUUCAAGUCAUGUUAUUGGAACACAUCAUCAUGUGUCGACUUGUAACGGGACACAAAGCCACCGCUCUCCAAGAGAUUUCUCAGGUCUGCCAACUGUGUCAACAGUCUCCCAGGCUAUUUUCCAACCAUGCUGCCCAGCUUCACACACUACUGGGUUUGUACUGCAUCUCUAUAAACUGCAUGGACAACGCUGAGGCUCAGUUCUCAACAGCACUUCAGCUGACCACACAUCAGGAGUUGUGGGCAUUCAUAGUCACGAACCUAGCCAGUGUCUACAUCCGAGAGGGAAACAGACUUCAGGAGCUAUACGGUCUGCUGGAAAGAAUAAACCCAGAUCACAACUUCCCCGUCAGUUCCCACUGUCUCCGAGCAGCUGCCUUCUACAUCCGGGGCCUCCUCUCCUUCUUCCAGGGACGGUACAAUGAAGCAAAGAGGUUUCUACGGGAAACUUUAAAAAUGUCAAAUGCAGAAGAUUUGAAUCGGUUAACAGCUUGUUCCUUGGUAUUACUGGGUCACAUCUUCUAUGCCCUUGGAAACCAUAGGGAAAGCAAUAACAUGGUGGUACCAGCCAUGCAGCUGGCCAGCAAGAUCCCAGACAUGUCAGUUCAAUUGUGGUCAUCGGCAUUGCUGAGGGAUUUGAACAAGGCAUGUGGGAACUCCAUGGAAGCCCAUGAAGCUGCUCAGAUGCAUCAGAAUUUUUCUCAACAGCUUCUCAACGACCACAUAGAAGCCUGUAGCCUCCCUGAACACAAUCUGAUCAAUUGGACAGAAGGGCCUCUUCCUGUGCAGUUCCAAGCUCAGAAUGGACCCACCACCAGCCUCGCUAGUCUACUAUGAACCGAAGCUAUAACUUCUGUGGAACCCAUCACCCCUCAAACCAGGCAACAUAUGAAACAAGAUUUAAAUAGCGCCUUCCUAAUCACUGCCGGGCAAGCAGAACGGGAGAGUGUUUGUCUGUAGUGGUCCAGUAUUCUCCACACCUUUACCUGCUUGUUUCUGCAGUUCAGCCUUUCCCUGUGCUGAGCACUUGGAUGCAAAAAAAAAAGCUUUAGUUUGAAUAUGGGAAUCAUUAUUAUCUCUUCUUAACCCAAACAUGUUAAUUUGCUGAGUUGCCUGUUUUCUCAACUGGUCUGUUUCUAAGCAACAAGUAAUUUGUUUCCAGCUGGUGAGGGGCUGGCUGGGGUCAACCCCUCCUGGCAUACCCCUCUUUGGCACUGAAUGUUUUAGACCAUCUCAUUUGGUGCCCAGGCCCUGGUUGCCAUGGGAACUGCCCCAUCUCUGAAUAGUGGAGUAGUUAGAUCAGGAGUUGGUAACUGGCAAACAGUUUUGCUGAGUUGGUGCUGAUGACCUUUCCUUACGGUGCUCACUAUUAGUUCUGAUAAAAAGGCUGGACCUCUGUGCACGGAAAGUUCUGAAGCUUGUAAUUAAUCCUCCUGUACCUGGAGCUCAUGUCCAUGUUUAACAAUGUUUGGCAGACUCUGUUUCUGCAACUCAGAGGUGCUUCUUCAGACUAGUGUUUGAGGUUGCUUGGUCAGGGAUCUCCAAUUAACCGUGCAAUGUUCUGACUCUGCAGUCUGAUGUGUGGCCUCCUUUCUCCCCUCCACCCUGAAAUCCACACUCACUCCCUCCCUCCCUCCAUUGCUCACUCUGCUCCCCCCAUACCUCCAUCAGUACAGCUGAUAGUCCUGCCAAUACUAGAUCAUGGAUUCGUUACGCAGAAACUAUUGGACCCAUUGAGUUAUUUCUAUUUAUUCCUGUGUUUUUAUCUAAUAGAAAAAUAGUUCUGAGAGCUGUGCUCAGCAGUUAUAUUAAAGGGAGAUUGCCUUGAGUCAUGUGGUGCUCCCCUCCUUCCUUUCUCCCCUUCCCUUUUUGUUCAUCCCAUCACAGCUGCCCUGUAUCUGCAGCUCUCAUUGUUUCAUGAGCAAAGUCAAUGGUAAUUACAGGAUAAACUCAAAACAAUAACUUUUUAAUUUUCAAAAAUAAAGUUGCUUUUAACCCCAACUUGAGCUGAAGUUGGUACUUGCCCAAACAGCCCCAUAGCAGAAUGGUAUGUGGCUCUGAGAUACGAGUUCUGUCAGUCCUUGGAUCAAGAGCAGAAUUGUGGCUGGCAUGUAGGGUAUGAGAGCACAUCCCUGGUACCUGACUCUUUCUAUUGAAUAAACUCUGCCAUCAAUUCAAUGUACUUCCCUCAUAAUCUCAGCCCUAGAGUUGAUCCCCAUAUAUCAUGAGGACUGACAUUUUCAACUAAUCAUCAUCAGUUGCCAUCAUUUGAAAUAAAGGCAGAAAAUGCUGAAAGUAUCCAACUGGUCUGGCAGCUUUCUAUGGAAAGAGUAACCAAAGUAACUCUUCAGAUACUUGAGCCUAUCGCCCCUACUGGGGCAUAUGGUCGCCAGUCUUCUGCCUCAGCUAGUCUUUCACGUUGCUUCCAAGUUGCCCAUUGAAGAUCCUCCCUCUCCUAAGGAUGAGAUCUUUGGAGUUUCUGUAGGCAUCUCUAUAGCUCUUUUUUACACAGCAUGGUGUUGCUGGUCCCUUGCCUAUCCCUUCUCCCACAGCCGAGUUGGACCAUCCAUGGCAGAGUUAUUUUAUAAAAUAACUAUUCACAUAGCUCCUCCUCCUCUCCUCCCAAACAGCCCACCACAGCAGUUAUGGAGAUGCAUUGUAAAAGUGAAGCAACUAACUCAAUUUUUUUUAUUGGAAGUUAUUCAAGCCUCAUCUGUGAGGAUAAAUGCUGUAGUCCAACCAGCUUCCACAGGGGUUAGCACAGUUCCCAGUCACAUUGGUGUUGGCAGUCACCGUUGUCUGAUCUGUGUAACCUGAUGCUGUGGUGACUCAGGUUCUGCGUGGGCAUAAUCUCUGCCAACCAGUCCCAACGCUGUCACCCUCAGGCAACGAGCAGGAUCGCUCAGAUCUUUCCCUGCUGUGUGUCUUGGCAGUCGGAAGUUGGUUUGAACAGGUCCUUCACCCUCCUGGACCACACUUGCCAACACUGCGGGUCACAGAGCUGUUCAGCUGAUGUGUGAGGACCAGGGCCAACUCCUCAAAGAGAGCAGCAGGGUGACACUGGAGGAGGGGGCAGGUAGUGAGUGUGACCCUGGCUUGUGCACAGUUUGUAGUGUGUACCUGGAGACUGUACUUUCAGUCUCAGCCCAUGGGUGCCUGAAAUCAGGCAGUCAGGCUGAGCUGGCAAGUACGAUUCUGCAGAGACAUGCAUCUACGGGAAGGGUUGCAGUUAUUUUAUAUGAAUAUAUAUAUAUAGAUUAGAUAAAGAGUAACACAAGGUGCUGGAGGAACUCGGGCACCACCUAUGGAAGGGAAUAUAUAGUCAACACCUCAGGAUUGGAAAGGAAGGAAGAGGGUGCCAGAAUAAGAAGGAUUCCCCCUCUUCACCUCUCACUUUCUCACUUGUCUUCCUUCUCUCAACACCCCCCCCCCCCCAAAAUCACCACCUUAUUCUGGCUGCUUCCCCCCUUUCUUUCCUGUUGAAGGGUCUUGUCCUGAAGUGUUGGCUGUUUAUUCAUUUCCACAGAUGCUCCCUGACUUGCUGAGCUGCUCCAGUAUUUUGAGUGUGUUGCUAAAGAUUCCCAGCAUCUGCAGAAUCUCUUGUGUUUUAGAUUAGAUAAAGUGUAUUUUAUUUAAUUCAAUGGCUGAUAUUUUUCUUUUGACUUAAAACCAUUUACCCUAUGACUACGAUAUUUACAUUACCCACACCUAAGGCAUAGGAGCAGAAUUGGACUAUUCAGCCUAUCAAGUCUGCUGUGCUAUUCUAUCAUGCUGGAUUUAUUUAUCACCAGCGUGGAUGGGACAACACCAGGUCACAGCUGGUAGAUGCUCCUACACUACACAGUCUGAACAUCAUUGAAGGAUCCGUUGGUGGAGGACAGUCUGAAAGGCACGUCCCUGCCCUCAGCCCUUUCCUAGAUCAAGACCCAGCCACCAACUCGCUGUUCAAUGAUCAUUACUCGCACCCCAAUAUAAAACCCAUGGACAGGGCAGUGUGUUAGAUGUUGGCCAGUUGGAUCUCGGCCAAGUGACCUGGGUCCAGAGCAGGGAGGGGAGAGGUGACACUGGCCUUUGCAGCAGAUCUUAGUUGAGAGUAAGGCUGUGGCUCCCUCCUGUGAAACAGCAGCAGUCUUGUCCUUUAAGGCUUCAUCAAUGACACUUUAAAUUUGGGGUGGGAGGAAGCAGCUUUAUCUUCAGCCCUGCAGUGUUAGAGAGCUUGGCACAUACCACCUCUACCUCAGUCGUUCCUCUUUUUGACCAUCUCUCCUCUUUCCCUUUCUCAUUAUCCCUACUGUGACAGUGGUGAAAACCCCACUGGUCUUGGUACUAGAGUCUGGGAAGGUCCCUGGGUUUGUCUUUGAUCUAUGCGAAAGUGCUCCCACCUCUGGGAUAAGAGAUAACUGCCAGGCCUUUUGGGCCUUAUCUCCUGAAAGGUGAAGAUGGGUGUUAACUGCCCUGUCUCCGGACAGUCACUUGUACCUGAAAAAUUAUUCCCAUCGAGCACCUGUCCUCCUACAUCUGAAUGUUCCUUCAGUGGCCAAAACAAUGGGUGGUAGGGGGGUCAGUGAAAAAUUCUGUGCUCUGUGCCUCCAAGGAAGUAGGAACUUGUCUAAUACAGGCAACAGCAAAUUAGACACAAUAAAAUGGCUGAAUUUUUGAAUUCAAUCACAAAUAUUGUAUGCUGCAUAAUUAAUAUUUACAACAAGGUUCAGAGUCAACUAGGCAGUAACUCUGGCACUUCACCACCUACAUCCCUGUACUAUGUAGGACACAAUUGACUAGAUAUCGCAUUAAUUCGUGUUUUGAUUUUUUUUUUGCAGUUCUUUGAAGUUCUGUACAGACAAUUCAGUGUGUUCUUAGACAGAGACAAUGUUUUAAUACCUACUACAUCAUGUAUCUAGUGAAACCAUUUCUGUGCAAUUAUGUUUCCUUGAAUCAUUGUUAUGGCAGGUUUGUUAACAAAUAAUUUGUGUUUUAGCAUCACUGAACCUUUAUAAUAGUUUAUAGAUGUCUUGAUGUUUUGAGAUAUAAAGGAUUCCCUACUUCAGUGACAAUGCCACUGUGAAGCGGGGUAGAUUGGUUUGUAAAUAUGAAUCUAUGUAAACAGAACUUGUCUGUCGCUGUGUUUUUAGCUCUCUAUUACAUUUGGAUUAACCUUGUUUUUUUAUUCUAUAUAUCAGGGAAUUUUUAAAAUAAAUUUAUAAAUCUAAA